CAAGUUUCAACCUUCCUCGGCCAACUUGGUUGUUUUUUAAUUAGUUGGAAAAACUUUCCCACUUUAUGCUUCUCCGAAGGAGCAUCUCCUUACUUUUCAGCUUGAUCAAAGUCUCCCUAUAAUCAAAGCAUCGAACCCCUUGAUCACGAUACGCUAACUACUCCCUAAUACUUCUGUUAAAGCAAAGGCUAAACAAUCCGAACUGAUGAUUCCCACACUCUAGGUGGAAUGGCGCCUGCCUCUGCACUUACUGGGGAACAUGGCCUUAGGUUGUGGUGUUUAAGCUUGAGGAUCCUCAUUCCCCCUCCCCCAAGACGUGUUCCAUUUCGUGGAAGGUUCUACCGGCAAUUCUUUUCCAAACAGAAUUUAUCCGAAACAGUAACACCCACUUUUUGUUCUUUUGACUACAAUCCAAAAGACCCCACUUCAUCUCUUGAUGACGGAAAGUUUAACGGAAUUCAUACUGCAGGCCAAGGAAAAGGAGGAAAAAAAGGAAACCCUCCAACCCAUGGUUUCUACAAUUGAAUAACCCUUUUCCCUGCCAGCACGAACUCGUGCUUGUUAUAAUGUAUUCCAUGUAGAACAAAAACAUCAAAACAUCUACCUUAUUGUCCCAUGUCAAAUCUUUAUAUGUGUGUGCACAGGCAUGCCUGUCCAUUGUAAAAGAAAACUAAAAUAUGUGU